AUGUGGAAAUGCAUAUGUCUGUAUCGGGUGGGUGGGUUAAUGCUAGAUCUGUGGUAUAAGUUAGAGGUGUGGGUAAUGCUAGAUCUGUGGUGUAAGUUAGAGAUGUGGGUAAUGCUAGAUCUGUGGUAUAAGUUAGAGGUGUGGGUAAUGCUAGAUCUGUGGUAUAAGUUAGAGGUGUGGGUAAUGCUAGAUCUGUGGUAUAAGUUAGAUGAGUGGGUAAUGCUAGAUCUAUGGCAUAAGUUAGAGGUGUGGGUAAUGUUAGAUCUAUGGUAUAAGUUAGAUGUGUGGGUAAUGCUAGAUCUAUGGCAUAAGUUAGAGGUGUGGGUAAUGCUAGAUCUGUGGUGUAAGUUAGAGAUGUGGGUAAUGCUAAAUCUAUGGCAUAAGUUAGAGGUGUGGGUAAUGCUAGAUCUAUGGUAUAAGUUAGAGGUGUGGGUAAUGCUAGAUCUAUGGUAUAAGUUAGAGGUGUGGGUAAUGCUAGAUCUGUGGUGUAAGUUAGAGGUGUGGGUAAUGCUAGAUAUUUGGUAUAAGUGA